ACCUCAAAUAUGAGAUUUGGAUCUUACUAAAGAGAAGAGAAGAGAAGAUUGGUCGGUUGAUGAUAACCGACACAUAGAGAGCUCAAAUUCAAAGAAGAAAACUAAUGGGAUCUCUUCCUUCUCCUUCUUCUUCAUCAGAUCUCUCAUUUCCUUCAAAACAAUCUUCAAUCGAUCCCAACAAUCUCCAAAAUCUAUUCAAAUCUCAACAAAACUAUCUCAACUUCUUCUUCCACAACCUUGAUCUUUCCCAAACCCUAGCCUUCACUCAGACUCUUCUCAACACCACCGGAACAAUCUUCUUCUCCGGUGUCGGAAAAUCCGGCUUCGUUUCCCAGAAGAUCUCGCAGACACUCGUUUCUCUUGGCAUCCGAUCCGCAUUCUUGUCCCCCACCGACGCUCUUCACGGUGAUAUCGGCAUUCUCACCAAUUCUGACAUUUUAGUACUCUUAAGCAAGAGCGGGAACACCGACGAAUUGCUCCGACUUGUGCCAUGUGCCAAAGCAAAAGGUGCGUAUUUGAUCUCUGUCACAUCGAUGGAGACGAAUUCGCUAAUGGCGGUGUGCGAUAUGAACGUGCAUUUGCCCCUGGAGAGAGAAUUAUGCCCGUUUGAUCUAGCGCCAGUGACCUCGACGGCGAUUCAGAUGGUUUUUGGGGAUACGGUGGCGAUUGCACUUAUGAGUGCGAGGAAUUUGACGAGAGAACAGUACGCAGGAAACCAUCCAGCUGGGCGGAUCGGGAAGAGCUUGAUAUUCAAGGUUAAGGAUGUAAUGAAAACACGAGGUGAUCUCCCAGUUUGCAAGGAAGGAGAUACAAUAAUGGAUCAAUUAGUAGAGCUAACUAGUAAAGGGUGCGGUUGUCUCCUUGUUAUUGACGACAAUGACCACCUAUUGGGCACAUUUACUGAUGGUGAUUUGAGGCGAACAUUGAAAGCUAGCAGAGAGGGUAUAUUCAAACUCACAGUUGGAGAAAUGUGUAACAGGAAUCCACGAACAAUUAGGGCAGAUGCAUUAGCAAUUGAAGCAAUGCAGAAGAUGGAAUCUCCACCAUCUCCGGUUCAGUUUUUGCCGGUAGUCGAUGAUCAGAAUGUCUUGAUAGGCCUUGUUAAGUUGCAUGAGCUUGUUGCAGCUGGCUUGUGAAUAAACAAUCAAUCAAUCAAAUCCUCUCUAGACUAUUAUAGUAUGAAUAGAAAUUGUCAUAUUGUUUCUUACUAAUUCUUUUCCUAUUUCAGUUCGUGGUUAUCGAAUCAGUGUAUAUCAUUUUAUACGUUAUUCUUUAGUAUUUUUGGAUACAAUUGGAUGUUUUGAUCUUGUAUUGGAGUGUUGUACUAAUAGCUCAAUCCAUAAUAAAGACUUCCAUCAAUUUGUUUGAA